AUGUUAUGGGAUAAAACUUCACGAGUCGAUGUUUAUCAGCUUAAUCAUUUGUUCCAGGUGGUGAUUGACAAUGGAAUUUUGCAACUCACAAUUGCAAAUCCAGAAGGCUAUUUGAUAGGAGUUAGCUACAGUGGAGUGCACAAUGUGCUUGAAAAUCGUAACCACGAAUCAAAUAGAGGGUACUGGGAUGUAGUUUGGGAUACAAAAGGUUACUCUGGCACUGACUGGUUACUCGGAUCAAAAUUUAAUGUGAUAGUAGAAAAUGAGGAUCAAGUAGAAGUUUCAUUUACAUAUGAAUGGGAUUCAACUACAUGGAAUAAAUCAGAAGUUUGGAGAAUUCCUGCUAAUGUAGACAGAAGGUAUAUAGUGCUUCGAGGAUCCUCCGGGUUCUAUGCAUAUGCAAUUUUGGACCGCGAGGAAGGAAUGCCUGCAGCAAAUAUCUUCCAAAUCAGGACUGUUUAUAAGCUUGAUCAAUCAAGGUUUCAUUAUAUGGCUAUCUCUGAUGAUAGGCAACGGAUCAUGCCUAUGCCAGAGGAUCGCGAAAACGGCCUGCCCCUUGCCUUUAAGGAGGCUGUGCUUUUGACCAAUCCCACUAAUCCAGAUUUGAGAGGCGAGGUGGAUGAUAAGUACCAGUACUCAUGUGAGGAUAAGGACAAUAAGGUGCAUGGUUGGAUAUCAUUUGAUCCACAAGUUGGGUUCUGGAUUAUUACUCCGAGCAAUGAGUUUCGUUCUGCAGGACCUGUCAAGCAAGAUCUCACAACCCAUGUCGGUCCAACUUCAUUAGCUAUGUUUCACAGUGCACACUAUGCUGGUUAUGAUGUGACCAUGUCGUUCCAAGAAGGGGAACCAUGGAAAAAGGUGUUUGGGCCUUAUUACGUUCAUCUGAAUUCGGUUUCUUUAGACAGAGAUUUCCAUGAACUCUGGGAUGAUGCAAAGCACCAGAUGACACAAGAAACUAGAAGCUGGCCUUAUGAAUUCCCAUCAUCAAAAGACUUCCCUAAGUCUGUUGAGCGCGGUUUUGUGUUUGGUCGGUUGCUAAUCCAUGAAAGGUAUAAAAUGAGGACAAUGAUGGCUGGGAGUUAUGCUUGGAUUGGACUUGCUGCGCCUGGUGAAGCAGGAUCUUGGCAAACCGAAACAAAGGGUUAUCAGUUUUGGACUCGAGCAGAUCGUAAUGGAGGUUUCAUAAUCAAGGGAAUUCGUGAAGGUGUAUACAACUUGUUUGCAUGGGUUCCUGGUUUCAUUGGAGAUUAUGUAUAUGUUGAAGACAUCAGAAUUGUUCCAGGUUCCGUAAUCCAGUUAGGUGAUCUUGUGUACGAGCCACUGAGAAAUGGACCGACAUUUUGGCAAAUAGGCUUUCCAGACCGCACUGCAUUGGAGUUUUAUGUUCCUCAGCCAAAUAGCUUAUUUGUAAACAAACUUUACACCGAUAGUGAUCAUAACAAAUUCAGGCAAUAUGGUCUUUGGGAAAGAUAUGCUGAAUUGUAUCCUGACAACGAUCUCAUAUACACCGUUGGUGAAAGUGAUUUUCAUACAGACUGGUUUUUCGCCCAGGUCACUAGGAGAACAGGAAAUAAUACAUUUAAACCUACUACAUGGCAGAUUAUAUUUGCGCUUCAAGAUGUGAUCCCAUCCUCAAACUAUACUCUACGAAUUGCUUUGGCUUCAACCACUAGAGCAGAAUUGCAAGUACGAUUCAACGAUCCAGAGGUGAGCAUUCCCCAUUUUACAACCAUGGUAAUGGGAACAGAUAAUGCGAUUGCUAGACAUGGUAUCCAUGGGUUGUACAGACUAUUAAAUGUUGAUGUUCCAAGCGAAUGGCUACGUGCUGGGAACAAUACCAUAUAUCUGAAGCAAGCUAAACAUGAAUCUCCUUUCUUCGGUGUCAUGUAUGAUUAUAUUCGUUUCGAAGGUCCCCCUCGAACAACGUGAUUUAAGAUUUUACAAGGUCUAUAGAUUGAAUACGGUCAAUUACUCACUGAUCAUGUUCCACAUUGUAAUCAAUAUGUAUGAUUAGUUUAGUUAUGUAUUUAUCUAUUUUACGUGGUAGCUACUAGCUAGGGGUAUAUUGAUGGAAAAGGCAUUUACAUAGCCUAGAAUUUGUAUAUAUAGUUUAUUAACUAGCUAGCAUACUAGAGCUUAAAUAAAAUGGUCAUGACAUGUCUUA